AUGUUGGCAGCCUUGCUAAAAGAAACUAGAGAAACUAAAGAAUCAUUAAAGGAAGAGUUUCAAAAGUCGUUAGAAAAAAAUUCACAAGAAAGUAGAGAGAGGGAAGAAAGGUCAGAGAAGCGUUUACAAGAAUCAUUAGAGAAGAAUUCACAGGAAACAAGAGAAUCAUUAGAGAAGAGUUCACAAGAAACUAAAGCAUCGUUAGAGAGGAAUUCACAAGAAACCAAAGAAAGACUGGAGUCAUUUAAGGAAGAUUUACAAGAGAUAAAAACGUCACAAAUGAAAAUAGAAUAUAAUCUGAAGAAGGAAAUACAGGAGCUACAAGAACAGUGGAAAAUGGAUAUCAACGAAAGAGAGAAUAAGCUGCAGAAGAGCAUAGACCAAGUCCAGGGAAACGUGGAGAAGGUGGAAGGAAAGUUAACACAAAAAAUAGAAGACGAUAUCGAAGAAACGAAGGCCGAAUUGGGAGAAAGAAUCAACGAAGUGGAAACAAAGUGCAAUUAUUGA